UGCACCCCGCUCCCCGCGUGCACUUCCGCGCAUGGCGCUGCUGCCCCGGGCGCUGGGCGUGGGCGCGGCCCCGAGCCUGCGGCGGGCGGCGCGCGCGCUCACCUGCGCCAUGGCGAGUCCCGGCGAGCCGCAGCCCCCGGCCGCCGCUGCGGCUUCCUUCGACUACCUGGUGAUCGGCGGCGGCUCGGGCGGGCUGGCGAGCGCGCGGCGGGCGGCGGAGCUCGGCGCCAGGGCCGCGGUGGUGGAGAGUCACAAGCUGGGUGGCACUUGCGUGAAUGUUGGGUGCGUGCCCAAAAAGGUAAUGUGGAACACAGCCGUGCACUCUGAAUUCAUGCAUGAUCACGUGGAUUAUGGCUUUCAAAGCUGUGAGGGUAAAUUCAAUUGGCAUGUCAUCAAGGAGAAGCGGGACGCGUAUGUGAGCCGUCUGAAUACCAUCUAUGAAAACAAUUUAACCAAGUCCCACAUAGAAAUCAUCCGCGGCUAUGCCACCUUCACAGAUGGCCCUCAGCCCACGGUGGAAGUCAACGGGAAGAAGUUUACUGCUCCGCACAUCCUGAUCGCCACGGGUGGCGUGCCCACAGUUCCUCAUGAGAGCCAGAUCCCAGGUGCCAGCCUGGGGAUAACCAGCGAUGGCUUCUUUCAGCUGGAAGACCUGCCCAGCCGCAGCGUCAUCGUGGGUGCUGGUUACAUUGCUGUGGAGAUUGCGGGCAUCCUCUCUGCCCUGGGCUCCAGGACGUCUCUUAUGAUCAGGCAUGAUAAGGUGCUUAGAAGCUUUGAUUCGCUCAUCAGUUCCAACUGCACCGAGGAGCUGGAGAACGCCGGCGUGGAGGUGUUGAAGUUCUCACAGGUUAAGGAGGUAAAAAAGACAUCGUCGGGCUUGGACCUCCAAGUGGUUACUGCCGUUCCUGGUAGGAAACCCACCACGACCACGAUAACAGAUGUUGACUGCCUGCUCUGGGCCAUUGGGCGGGACCCAAAUUCUAAGGGCCUGAAUCUAAAUAAACUGGGCAUUCAGACUGAUGAAAGAGGCCACAUCCUAGUCGACGAAUUCCAGAAUACCAACGUCAAAGGCGUCUAUGCUGUAGGCGACGUCUGUGGGAAAGCGCUUCUCACCCCAGUCGCAAUCGCUGCUGGCCGGAAACUUGCCCACAGACUUUUCGAAUGCAAACAAGAUUCCAAGUUAGACUACGACAACAUCCCUACCGUGGUGUUCAGCCACCCCCCUAUCGGGACCGUGGGGCUCACUGAAGACGAAGCCGUUCACAAGUAUGGGAAAGACAAUGUGAAAAUCUACUCGACCGCCUUUACCCCGAUGUAUCACGCCGUGACCACGAGGAAGACGAAAUGCGUCAUGAAGAUGGUUUGUGCCAACAAAGAGGAAAAGGUGGUUGGCAUCCACAUGCAGGGGAUCGGGUGUGACGAGAUGCUGCAGGGCUUCGCUGUCGCAGUGAAGAUGGGGGCCACCAAGGCUGACUUCGACAACACCGUCGCCAUUCAUCCAACCUCUUCAGAAGAGCUGGUCACCCUGCGCUGAGACCCCGGGCACCCGUGUGGCUAGCGGUCCGACCAGCGGGCCUCUGGGAGGAACCAAUCAAGUUUACGUCCUGCUCCAGCUUGAUAGAUUUCUGUAUUUUGAUCAGGAACUUCUGGUGGUGUAAAUUUCCAGUUUAACAAAAAAAGAACUUAUGUAUCUAAUCAUAAGGUUGUUUUGUUAAUCUGGGGUCGGUUUUCAUUUGAUAAUAUUUACAAUAAUUAAUAUUUUGAUUUUUUUUUUAAUUAACAGCCUUGUGUUGUGAUUUCUUGCUUUGGCCCCAUUCCAAGUUUAAAUGUAUGUGACAUAGACUGAAGUUAGUGCACCUGACAGAUGAAAAUGGCUGCCUGACCUUUUCUUUUCUUUUCAUUCUUUUUCUAUGCAUCCUGGGGUGGCCUCAAACAACUCGGACUCCUCCAGCUCUAGCCUCAUGAGUGCUGGGAUUCUAGGCAUGCAUGGCCUCUCCUGGCCUAGCUUGUGAGUGUUGUAGGAUGGUGAGUCUCCAUCUAUAAAUAUGCUAGUCUACAGAAGAUACGUGCGGUAUUUCUGUUCUGUAUUGGAAAGCUGCCCCGAGGAUGUUACCUCUCUGUUCUUGUUUUCUUCUUUGCUCUGUUUUAAGUGAUUUAAAAAUGGCUUGUGUUAUUUUCAUGAAAUGAAGUGCAUUGAAGUCAGAUUUGAGGCUGGCUAGGUAAAUGAGAGCUAUCCUGGAGAAGCCACUGCGCAUGCGGAGGGGAGGCUGAGGCUCCCAGAGCCACUGCGCAUGCGUGAGGGGAGGCUGCGGCUCCCGGAGCCUGCCCUUCUGAGUAUUCCUGGUUCACUCGGUCAUUUCAAUAUCUCUUGUGUUUUUGUUACUUUUUUAUGAAAAACAAUUCCAAAAAUUGGAAAUUCACUGCAUUGUCUUAUAAAAUUUGUUAUGAACUGUA